AGGGCCAUGUCGAGUAAUUAGGGUUUUUGGUUUUCGUCAGGAGAUUUACGGUUAAGGUUCCUCUACACUUCAACCAACAAUGGCGGAGCAGACGGAGAAGGCGUUUCUGAAGCAACCAAAAGUUUUCUUAAGCUCGAAGAAAUCUGGUAAGGGAAAGAGGCCUGGCAAAGGAGGUAAUCGUUUCUGGAAGAACAUUGGUCUCGGUUUCAAGACUCCCAGAGAGGCUAUUGAAGGAGCUUACAUUGACAAAAAAUGUCCCUUUACUGGCACGGUUUCAAUCAGAGGCCGCAUUUUGGCAGGUACUUGUCACAGUGCAAAGAUGCAGAGGACAAUUAUUGUUCGUAGGAACUAUCUUCACUUUGUGAAGAAAUAUCAAAGAUAUGAGAAACGGCACUCAAACAUUCCUGCUCAUGUUUCGCCCUGCUUCCGUGUCAAAGAAGGAGAUCAUGUUAUCAUUGGGCAAUGCAGGCCACUGUCAAAGACGGUGAGAUUCAAUGUGCUCAAGGUCAUUCCAGCUGGAAGCUCUGCUAUUGGGAAGAAAGCAUUCGCUGGAAUGUAAAGAGGCUGAUAAGGUGCAAUCGUUUCAGAAAGAGUAGUAUUUUCCUAAGCGGUUUUGACUUGGUUUAUUGGAUUCGUUCAAUUCCUAUGUUGUAUCAUGAAGAGAUACCAGGAUAUUUUCUGUAUUUUUUAGCUGCAAGAGUGUGUCUCAAAGCCUAAUCUCUCUUUCUAUCUUAGGAAUAGUCUUUUGUGAUGGAAUGAAGCUUUGUGUUUAGGGAUAAGUCAUGUAUACUCCAGUGUUCCCCAAUUUUAGUUCUAAUAAUGAUAUUCAAAAGAAAAUAA